CCCCCUGCGGUGUCCCCUCACAUUCAGCAGUGUCCCUCUUGUCCCCCUGCGCCCUGAGGUGCCCUUCCACGGCCUUCGGUAUCUCCCUACCACCGCCCUCUGAGUCCCUCCACGUCCAGCCCGGUCCCCCUCCCCUCUUGGGGGUGACCCCGGUCUCCUGUGCCCGGCGCACCCCUUGGUGUGUCUUCCCCCGCCACUCCCUCGUCAUCCUUGGUGCUGCCCUCGCGGCUCUCGGCCUCCUGACCAGGCCUUGUGAAGACCCAUGUCCUGAGCCCCGUCACGCCCUGAGCCGGUAGCUGGGCCCUCCGGGGACCCUGUCCAGUCCACGCCCCUUCUCCGCCUGGCCGUGGCCCUUUUGCUUUGCCCCUCCUGAGCCUCACACCCUCUGCCCCAUCUGGAACCGGCCCAGCUGCGUGUCCCAACCCGGCCCGGCCCUGGCGCUGGGCGUAGCUCCAACCCUGACUGCUGGGGGAGAGGCCGUUGCCGCUGCCUCGGCUCCCAGCCACGUGAGCGCUGUUUACGGGAGGCGCAAGGGGAGGGGUGCUUCUCCCAGAGGCCGCUCUUCUCCAGGAGAGCUUCCUGGGCGCGCUGCCCCGGGAACCUAGUGUGACUUGGACAGGCACAGGAAAGCUGGGCAAGUAGGCAGUGGCCUCUGUGUCCUCCCACUCUGGACUGUGCUCUUUUUUCAGCCAUGCAGGAAGAGGAAGGCGUCUGCCCUGAGGCUGGCCUCUGUCUGGGCCCCACCCUGCACUCCUGGGGGCUGUCAUUUUUGGAGGAGUCACAGCCCACCAUGCUGACAGGGAUUAUGAUUGGAGCCCUCCUGGCCCUUGCCUUUGUGGGUGUUGCUAUCUUGUUUGUGUACAGAAGUGUUCAUGGAUUUCGACAGGUGCAGCCCACACCUCAGUACAGGUUCCGGAAGAGGGACAAAGUGAUGUUUUAUGGCCGGAAGAUCAUGAGGAAGAUGAGCACACUCCCCAAUACGCUUGUGGGGAACACAGCUGCACCCCGGCAGCGGGCCAGGAAGAGGACCAAAGUGCUGUCUUUGGCCAAGAGGAUUUUGCGGUUCAAGAAGGAAUACCCCACCCUGCAGCCCAAAGAACCGCCACCCUCCCUGCUGGAGGCUGAUCUCACGGAGUUUGAUGUGAAGAAUUCUCACCUACCAUCAGAGGUUUUGUACAUGCUGAAAAAUGUUCGGGUCCUGGGCCACUUUGAGAAGCCACUGUUCCUGGAGCUUUGCAAACACAUGGUCUUUGUGCAGCUGCACGAAGGGGAGCGCGUCUUCCGGCCAGGGGAGCCAGAUACCAGCAUCUAUGUAGUGCAGGAUGGGCGGCUGGAGGUCUGCAUCCAGGACUCGGAUGGUACUGAGGUGGUGGUCAAGGAAGUUCUGGCAGGAGACAGUGUCCAUAGCCUCCUCAGCAUUCUGGACGUCAUCACGGGUCAUGGCGCACCCUACAAAACUGUCUCUGCCCGCGCAGCCACCCCAUCCACCAUCCUCCGGCUUCCAGCAGUGGCUUUUCAAGGCAUUUUUGAGAAAUAUCCCGAGACCCUGGUGAGGGUGGUGCAGAUCAUCAUGGUGCGGCUGCAAAGGGUGACCUUCCUGGCCCUGCAUAACUACCUUGGCCUGACAACAGAGCUCUUCAACCCUGAGAGCCAGGCCAUCCCCCUUGCAUCUGUGGCCAGUGUGGCUGCUGGAUGGGCCAAGAGGCAAAUGUCCUGUAGCUCAGAGGAGCAGCUCCAGAGGCCACCACAGCUCCAGGAGUCCUGUGACUCAGAUUGUAGCAGCAGCCGCCUUGCAGCCUCUGGGCCUCUGUUGAAGAGGAGCCAGUCUGUCCCUCUGCCUUCCAUCCACAAGGAGAUCUCAGAUGAACUUGGGCAGCCCCAGAUAGGUGACCCUGACCUUUCAGCCCCACAAGGGAGCUGUGUAGGGGCUACCUCAGACCUGGGGAUGGCGUAUGACCGUGCCAGGGUCCUGCUGCACUCGGAUAAGCACCCUGGGAAUUUUGUGGCUGGCAAGUCCAGGAAAAAUGUGGUUGUCGCAGAGACCCCCUCUGCUGUCUUCCAUUACUCAGAAAGUCCCUGGGAUGAGACCAGCUCCAGUGGGCAGAUGGACUCAAUCUUCAGAGCGGCCAAGAAGGACCUCCUGACCCUGAUGAAGCUGGAUGAUCCAUCCCUGUUGGAGGGACGAGUGACAUUCCUCCAUGUCCCUGCAGGCACUGUGGUGUUGAGACAAGGAGACCAGGAUGUGAACAUCUUGUUCGUGGUCUCAGGGCUGCUGCAUGUGUACCAGCGGAAGAUAGACAGCCAGGAGGACACCUGCCUGUUCCUCACACACCCCGGGGAGAUGGUGGGGCAGCUGGCGGUGCUCACAGGCGAGCCCCUCAUGUUUACCAUCAGGGCCAACAGGGACUGUAGUUUCCUGUCCAUCUCCAAGGCCCACUUCUAUGAGAUCAUGCGGAAGCAACCAGCCAUUGUCCUGGGUGUGGCACACACUGUGGUGAAGAGGAUGUCAUCCUUUGUGCGGCAGAUUGAUUUUGCCCUGGACUGGAUGGAAGUGGAGGCUGGGCGUGCCAUAUACAGGCAAGGGGACAAAUCUGACUGCACAUACAUCGUCCUCAGCGGCCGGCUGCGCUCUGUGAUCCGGAAGGAGGACGGGAAGAAGCGCCUGGUGGGGGAGUAUGGCCGCGGGGACCUCGUUGGGGUGGUGGAGACACUCACCCAUCAGGUCAGGGCGACCACAGUACACGCUGUGCGGGAUUCGGAGCUAGCCAAGCUGCCAGCAGGAGCCCUGACAUCCAUCAAGCGCAGGUACCCACAGGUGGUGACUCGAUUGAUUCGUCUCUUGGGUGAGAAGAUCCUGGGCAGCCUCCAGCAGGGACCUGCUACAGGUUACCAGUUUGGGCUCUAUGAGGCAGGAAGCAAGUGGGAUGCAGGGAACACGGCUGGCAACCUGUCCACAGUGGCAGCGAUGCCUGUGUCUGAGGAUGUUCCACUCACCGCCUUCGCCCUGGAGCUGCAGCACGCACUCAGAGCCAUUGGCCCAGUCCUGCUGCUGACCAGUGACAACGUCAGACAGCGCCUUGGCUCUGCAGCUCUGGACAGUGUCCAUGAGUACCGGCUGUCCAGCUGGCUGGGGCAGCAGGAGGACAUUCACCGGAUAGUGCUGUACCAGGCAGACAGCACGCUCACCCCCUGGACGCAGCGCUGCAUCCGACAGGCCGACUGCAUCCUCAUCGUGGGCCUAGGCGAACAGGAGCCCACAGUGGGCGAGCUAGAGCGGAUGCUGGAGAGCACAGCUGUGCGUGCCCAGAAGCAGCUGAUCCUACUGCACAGGGCUGAAGGGCCAGCACCAGCGCACACUGCAGAGUGGCUCAACAUGCGGAGUUGGUGCUCAGGCCACCUGCACCUCUGCUGCCCACGGCGCAUCUUCUCUAGGAGGAGCUUGCCCAAGCUGAUGGAGAUGUACGAGCGUGUCUUCCAGCGGCCCCCAGACCGGCACUCGGACUUCUCCCGUCUAGCGCGUGUGCUCACAGGCAAUGCAAUCGCCUUGGUGCUUGGAGGAGGCGGAGCAAGAGGCUGUGCCCAGGUGGGCAUCCUCCGGGCCCUGGCAGAAUGUGGCAUCCCCGUGGACAUGGUCGGAGGCACAUCCAUUGGGGCCUUCAUGGGUGCCCUGUAUGCUGAGGAGCGGAACUACAGCCAGACUCGGAUCCGAGCCAAGCAGUGGGCCGAGGACAUGACAUCAAUGAUGAAGACCAUGUUGGACCUGACCUACCCAAUCACAUCGAUGUUCUCAGGAGCUGGCUUCAACAGCAGCAUCUGCAGCAUCUUUGGAGACCAGCAGAUUGAGGACCUGUGGCUCCCCUAUUUUGCUAUCACCACCGACAUCACAGCCUCGGCCAUGCGAGUCCACAGGGAUGGCUCUCUGUGGAGGUACGUGCGUGCCAGCAUGUCCCUGUCAGGCUAUAUGCCCCCUCUCUGUGACCCCAAGGAUGGACACCUGCUGAUGGACGGGGGCUACAUCAACAACCUCCCAGCGGAUGUAGCCAGAUCCCUGGGGGCAAAGGUGGUGAUUGCCAUUGAUGUGGGCAGCCGGGACGAGACAGACCUGACCAACUACGGCGACGCACUGUCUGGGUGGUGGCUGUUGUGGAAACGCUGGAACCCCCUGGCUACAAAAGUGAAGGUGUUGAACAUGGCUGAGAUUCAGACCCGCCUGGCCUACGUGUGCUGCGUCCGGCAGCUGGAGAUGGUGAAGAACAGCGACUACUGCGAAUACCUGCGGCCCCCCAUCGACAGCUACCGCACCCUGGACUUCGGCAAAUUUGAUGAGAUCUGCGAGGUGGGUUACCAGCAUGGGCGGACUGUGUUCGACAUCUGGGUUAGGAGUGGCAUUUUGGAGAAGAUGCUGCAGGACCAACAGGGAACGAGCAAGCAGAAGGCCAGUGCGGCCCUGCCCUGCCCCAACGCCUCCUUCACAGACCUCGCUGAGAUGGUGUCACGCAUCGAGCCUGCCAAGGGAACUGUAGUGGACGAUGAAUCUGACUACCAGACUGAGUAUGAGGAGGAGCUGCCAGGUGUCGCCAGCGACGCAUACGCUGACUUCCAGAGCACCCAGGAGAAUGACCCCUCACUGCAGCAUCAGCACCCUGGCCAGGUGUCCCCAGAACCAUCCCAGGAGUCCUCGUCCCUGAAGCUCCCUGAAGACACACAGAAACCUUUGCUCUGAGGUCUCCUG